AUGACCUCAAAGAAGAAAGGUACCGCGCGUCGGACGGGGCCUUUUCUAUUUUCCUCACGCACGAGGACUACCAAGGACGUGCCUCCGAUCAUGAAACUACUCAGCGAACUUGGAUUUGGCGAUUCUGCAGACAAGGCGCUACUUAAUGAAUUCAACACUGCUCGUAAAUUUCACAUGAACCGCUUCAUAGAAGAAAAGAUAAUCGACGACAAAGAUAUGUUGGAGUGGUCCUCCGAGCCAUGCAAGCAAAAGAUUAGCAGGAUGGUCAAGGACUUCCUUCUAUACAACAGAAGAUCACACAAUAUAAAGGUUCGCAAAGAAAAGAGGCGUACCAAUCUCUUCGAGCGAGGGGAUGCGCCUGACGAGCCUAUUGCCCUUGAUCUAUCCAGCGAUGAGUCUGAUUACGAAUACCAAAGUCAGACUAUGCCCUCAGAUGCUGUCAUGCCGCUACCGAGUGUGGUUCAGGAUGAGCAUGUGAACCCUGAGCCAGCUCAGGAAUCUAGCCAACCUUCAGCAACAAGCCCUGUGCUGCCAACCAAAAGGCCUCUAUCACAAUCCGAGGCGUCACCGUUGCGCACAAAAUGCCCGCGUCUCAGCGGUUUCCGUGGACCCAUAGCCGAUCCGUUCUCUCGAGAUGCUAAUGUUCGGCUUGAAUCAGUCGCCCGAGCAGUUUCUCCCAGACAAGACCUUCGGAGGUCAAGUCGAAAAUCUGUUCCUAUGUCUGUUGCUUCCAUGGGUGAAGGGUCAGGAACGAAUGACACCCAGGAGCUAUCACCAGAGGCAGAGAGGAAUACCACGGAUGAGAUCGUCUGUGGGUUCAAAACUGCGAUACGAGUAGUUCCGCCUAUUGGAGAGGAUAGCAGUACUCAUAUUCCUGGAAAUGUAACAGAAAGAGCAGCUACAGACCAGCCUGUAAAGCUUGGAUCUACUCCACUCUCUCAGAACGAGACUACUGCCACGUCUGGGCGAGACAUUGAAGAGCUCAGCAGUAUCUCUUAUGACACAGCUGCGGCCAGGCGCUUACUGAGCUCCCAUCUCCGCGGGCACAAUACAGAUACUCCUACCCCUCUUCAAUUCUCUUUUUCCUUUCACGAUGGUAGUCACGGCGACCCGUUCAACAUUUCAGCAGUCGAAUUCUUCACAAUGACCCUCAAACAGUUUAUAGAUGUUCUACCCAUGAACGAUAAGGAAAUGAUAACAGGGCUAUGCAUACGCCAAUACGGGCCCAAGUUCUGUCUCCGGCAAGUGUAUCUGUACAACGAGGAUGUUUUUGGGAACAUUCGUCAGCAGUUUCUCCGUUGUAUUGAGAGCGAUACACGGGAUGUAAAAAACCACGGAAAGAGGCUGGACUACGAGAUUAGUAUUGAGCCACUUAGGGAGUGA